CUGAUAAUACUGUUGUACUUUCAUUUAAAUAUGGAUUUGAAUCCAAGACUUUUACACGAUGCUAUUAUUACUUUUACUUAUUUAAAGGGUCUGAAUACGUCCACUGGUGAAUGUAAACAGCAACAGUCCAUUUAUAGCCUCAGUGAUCCUGACUGUGUCUCCUGCUACAGUCUCAGCUGAGCUGACUGGAUGGAGGCAGCAGGCUGCUGCUAGCUGGUCAAAACACUCCGAGGUGAAAGGAGCAACAAUGAGCCGACAAGGUUUUAGUGGGACUUCACCAUCCAUGAACUUCUCUUCGAGGGUAGCAGGAAAUGGAUGCUCACCCACAGAUCUAACAGAGGAGGACAUCGACAAUCUACAGUUUGAACUUGCAAAGAUUGAGGAUGAAAUUCAGACCUUGCGGCAGGUGCUUUUGGCCAAAGAACACUAUGCAGCAGACAUCCGGAGACAGCUGGGUUUGAGUCCUCUCAGUAACAUCAAACAGAACUUGUCCAAAGGAUGGCAGGAAGUCCAGACUUCAGCCCCAUAUCUCACUGCUUCUGCCACUCUGGACGACAUCAGCAACUCCAAUGUAUACAUGAGGACCCGGGAGAGUCUCUCCUAUGCAGGCCAGGUGACGUCCUCUGCGUUGUCCAGUGUGGGUGUCGUCAUCACCAGGAGACUGGCAGAGAUGAGAGCUCUGCCUCUUCCAGUCCCACCACGCUCCCUGAACCACACCAUGAGCGUGCCGACUAUGAGACACUCCUCUACAUUCAAGUCUUUUGAGGAAAUGGUUGGCAAUGUGAAGGAGAAGGUGACUGGCAGUCUGACAAAUAACAGAGACACCUCUGGGUUUGAAAGAGGAUCCUCGCGCCACAGCACAUGAGAUGGACCCGUUUAACACACCACAAUAAUUUUUCAUACUUUGUAAAGUUAUGAAAUAAUGUUUUAUUUUUGCUCCCUUGUCUGUGUAAAUUUGUUCUCAAUUAUUUUUGACUGUUGUAAUAAUACAUCAGUAAUCAUAAUCAGUUUGUAUUGUAAAAUUAUUUUGAACUCCAAUAUCAAAAAUGUAAUUUUCAUUUUGACAUGUGAAUGCAGUAAAUCCAUCAUAAAUAUGCUGAAUUAUUUGGAAUAUGCAUUCAUUGACAUUAACUGGGAUAUUUAAAAAACAGAAAAAACUGAUUUUUCAAUUAAAGUCAUUUGAAUGGUG